CUGGCAUGGAGAAAAAGUCAUGAAGCCCCAGUGAUUGCUGCUACGGUGCAAGGGAUGGAUUAGAAGCCACGUGAGGCAGUGGUGAAGGUCUGCUUAAUCUCAGCUGUCUGUUCUUGCAGCAAGAAGGCUUCUGUAGUGGUGGUUGUGCUGACUAUCAACAGGACUUGUGCAAUACAGAAACUGUAAUCUGAAUGCGAGGUGAACCAGGUAUCUGGCCUUGCCUCCUGGAGUUAAAGGCUGUCUUCUGAAACAAGCUUCCAACAGAGCUGAAGUUCCUGACUUCCUUUACGCACAGAGGAAGCUGCAUGUGUCAGCACAGUUCCAGUGGAAAAAGACCAUAUUGAAGAAAUGGUAACACAAUGCAUAGUGGAAGUUCUGUCCAAUGCUCUGUCUAAGCCAAAUGCACCACUGAUUAAUCCUGAAUGCAAAGAAAUCCUGAAGAAGAGUGGUAGAAAAGGCAGAGAGAGAACUGAAAACAAACAACUUGAAGUGAGGCAUUUGAAAGACCCAGCAGAGAUUGAAAAACAUCAUACUGGGAGUGUGGAGAAACAACAGAGUCAGGCAGAAGAGGAAUCUAAAAAGUACAUGAAAGGAAGUGAUAAGAAUAAACUUGCUCAAGAGGAAGGUAAAAGCAAGGAAGAGGAGAAUGGACACCACACACCUAUUCAAGAAGAGAGACUUCAUACAGAAGAAAAGAAACACUAUCAGGAAAUCAGAAAAGACGAGGAGAAAAGCUUCCACAGUGAAGAAGAAAGCAAAGAGAGCAAGCAUCAUGAUGAAGACGGAGAGCAUGCUAUCCUCAACAAGAAGUCUCACUCUGGAGGCAUGAGCACAGAGGAGUUCCCUGAUGGGAAUGAUCAGCGCCCCAUGGACCACUGGCAUUUGGCGGAGGGAAUGCAGAGCCCUUACAAAAGAACUCAUGAAGGUGAAGAGGGAGAGGCAGAGCAAAAAGGAAGUGAAAAAUACCACGAGUCUAAGGAACGUGAUUUCUCCCAUCAGCAAGAGCAUGAAGAAUCUGAUGAGAGUGAAGAAACAGAGGAUGAAAAGCAACCCUACAAACCCAAACGUUAUCAUGGGAAGCAUAGAAUAGGUGACUCCUCUGAAGAGAAGAGGGGCCAUGGUGGCAAGAAAAUGGAACUAGCUGUGGAAUCAAACACAGAGGAGGCCCAUCUCUGGGACAAAAGGAACCACCAUCAGAAACAUCAUGAAGAGUCUGAGCAGCAGCGUGAGGAGAAGAGUGGUAAUCAUGGGAGACAUGGGUCUGAAGAGGUAGAGGAGAAGAGGCGUGCAGACCAGGGAAGUGAGGAGUACAGAGAAAGGUGGCAGCAGAGUGAAGAGAGCAGCGAAGAAGAAAACAAGAGGCAUCGUCACAGUGAAGAAAGUAACAAAAAAUGGCGUGAGGAGAGGAGACACCAUUCUGAGGGAAGUACAUACCGCGGAGAUGGAAGUGAGGAAGAGCUGGGCAGGUAUCUCAGUGGCGGCAGCAAGGAGAAGCAGCAUCGUGCUAGAGGGAGAUACCGCUUGUGGGAUAAUGAAGGGUCAGAGAAAGCAUAUGCUCAAGAACGCAAAGAGCAGGCCAGAAGACACUUCAGCACUGAGGACAGUGUAGAGCAGCAGCGCUACCCUGGCAACAGUGAAGAGGAGAAAGUAGAAAAGAAGCAUCACAGCAGUGAUCAGAUGGAAAAUGAAGAGGAGAAUAUGGAGGAGGGAAGAUAUGCUGAGAGGGAAGAGUACAGAAGCCAUCUCCCUGCAGACAAUGAGAAGAGAACCACGGCAUCCUACAGCCCUUUCUACCCACUGCUGCAGUGGAAAAGCCAGCACUUUGAGAAGAGGGACAGUGCAGGAGAGCAGCUUCUGGAGAGCAAAGAGGAAAGCAGGCCCACUCUGAAUGAGAAGAGUCUUUUCCCUGAAUAUAGUGACUAUGACUGGUGGGAGAAAAAGCAAAUCCUAAGUACUCUGAACCACGGACACACCGAGAAGAGGAAUCUUGACAAAAUGAACAGAUAUGAUAUGAAAAGGCAAUACAAGAUGGAUCAACUCGCACAACUCCUGAAUUACAGGAAGAAAUCAGCUGAAUUCCCCGAGUUGUACAAUUCUGGAGAAGAGGUGAAAAAACGUCACAUAAUCAGGAAUGACAGAGGACGUCUGAGACAGAGGCCUCUGACGGAAGAGGAGGAAAAAGAACUGGAAAACCUGGCCACUAUGGAUUUGGAGCUGCAGAAAAUAGCUGAGAAGUUUAAUGAUAACAGGAGGGGCUAAAGAUAAUCUGCUUUGUGUUUCAAAGCUCGGUGUAGCUGUGCUCACAAUACCUGUAUUUUGUGGUAAAUUCAUUGCCACUGAAUUGUUUGCCCUAAACCCAAGAAAUACUAUUUACUGUCCACUAUAGUGUAGUGAUUUGUACAGCUGAAAAUGUCUUUAAUGUGCUGUAUGCUAUUGAGAUCUGAAUAGCAUGAAUUUUAGUAUUGCAACCUUUCAUGCAAGGCAGAUAUUUUUUAAUAUGCUUGUGAAAAUAAUUGUGUUUGUUAGUAUUCUUCAGAAAUAUAUUUGUCUGAGUUUGAAAUAAUAAAAACCAUUGAUCUUGGACCAAACUUUCCCCCUGCUUAUUUGGCUGAUUGGGUAAGUGGUAUCAGAUGGAUAGAUCAUGUACAAAAUGUUGAUUUGUGGUUCACCUUUUUUUUUUUUUUUUUAAAUUUAGAAGGAGUCUAUCUGUGCCUUUUAUUUGUCAGUUAGCAAGAGCCUGAGAGGUAAGAAGGAACACGGAUUCAUUUGCUCUCGUAAGUCAGAAAUGUCCUGUGAAUAAUUUAUUUCUGGAAAUUAGUCAUUAAAGAAGCAAAGAGGUUACAACAAGAAAUGGAUGCUUGUUAACUUGGAAGGCAUGCAGUUCUUAAGAAUCGAGGCAUUAAGUAGUGGAUUAGAUUUGCCACUUUCAAAGUGGUCCCGUUAAUCACCUACUGAACACACUUUGCUAAUGUGUCCUUUCUGCCAACUGCAGGCACACAAGUCCUGGUGAGAAGUGCUACAGAGGCCACACACUGCAUUGGAGCAGGGCUGAUCUUUCACAAGGCGAACUUCUCAGUAGUCAGCGAGCUGGGGGCAGGGAUGGGCUCUGCAUAAUAAACUGUACAAUGUUUUACAGUGAAUGAGUGGCAUGUGGAAGGAGCCAUUUGGUAAUCUUAAUGACACGAUAAAGCAGUAAAAGAAAUGAUCCAAUCAUUAGUUUCAAUUACUCCAAAUAUCUGGAGUUCAAUUUAACUUAUCCAAAUGUGUUUUUUACAGACUUUCUGCUGUGACAAUGUCUUCAGUUGCCUGUAUAACACCAUACAGAGGAGAGAGGUGCUAUACAGAGAAUUCAGCUGAGGCAUAUUAUCAGUAAAUGUGCAGUAUAUCAUCCCAGCUGAACCUAUUUAAUCCACCUGCUCAUUAAAACACAAACAUACUCUCCAAUUAAUUGUAAGGCAACAUGAAGUGAAAAUACUCAGUGAGAUGCUGAUCCUCAAACUGUGUGAGCAUGUCUAUGCCUAGGAGUUCUGGUAAGACCACUCAAAUGUUUCAUCUUGUUUGGUUAAGGUACAUGAAGAUAGAAUCCUGGCACAGAGAGGUUGACAGAAUUUUGACUUGAGUAGGACCAUGGUUUCACCAGACUUUCCCAGCAACAGUAAGGAAAGUUAGAAAGUGUCCCAGCUGCAGAAAUACUUUGUUUGCUAUCUUCAAAUUCUGAGACUCUCCCUUUUAAAAUUUACAAUACCGUACAAUAACUAUUGCAGCAUGGUACUUUUUUUUCCACACACCCCCCCCCCGUGCUGACACAAGAAAGUGUCCGAGUACGUGAACACCUAGAAGCAAAUAGCUUAUUGUAGCACAGAAAAAUUUCUAAAUUGUUCAAGUAUGUAAUGUUAGCAAUUCCCCCCAGCACACUUAUGCAAAUAUACAUUCAUGUAUCAUCAGCAAUGUUUUGCUAAAACAUAUCCCUUGAAAAA